AUGGCGGAAGGUUUAGUGACUAUUGCUGCCGAGGGGAUACUGAAAAAGGUAUUGUCCAUCGCUGCCAGCGAACUUGCCAUUGCUUGGGGUUAUGAAGAAAAGCUGACCAGCCUUCACAGAACAUUGGAUCUGAUUCGUGCCAAGUUGCACGAUGCGGAGAGUCAAAAGGGAACAGAGGCUGUGAUGGUGUGGCUGAAGCAGCUAAAAGAUGUGGUGGGGGAAGCUGAUGAUGUGUUGGACGAGGUUCAAUACGAAAUGUUGAGGCGUCAGAUAAAGAAACCAGAUCAGGUGGCUAGAAAGGUAUCGUGCCUUCCAAGAUUGAAAAGGUUUUCAUUUCGUAAUGAAAUAGGUCAUAAAAUCGAAAACAUCAAUGAAAUGUUGGAUAUGAUCAAUACACAAGCAAACGGUUUAGGACUACAAAAUGAACGCCCUGUUGGCCCUGUUCCGGAUCGCCUCUAUCGGGAGACUAUUCCACAUCCAGAAGAGUUCAAAAUUGUUGGAAGAGAUGAUGAUGCACUGCGUAUCAUAGAGCUUUUAACCCAACCAACAACGGAAGAAAAACUUACAAUUGUUCCCAUUGUGGGAAUGGCCGGUAUUGGGAAGACAGCAUUGGCUAAGUUGGUCUACAAUGAUAAGAAAAUCGAGCAACAUUUUGGUGUGAAAGCAUGGUUGUGUGUGUCGGUUAAGGUUGACAUCAUAACUCUUCUUGCAAAGAUCUAUGAAUCUCUUGCCGGAAAGAAACCUGAGUCGGACUCUAAGGUCAAUUUAAUCAAAAGUCUGGAAAAGGAGUUGGGAUCAAAAAGAUAUUUGCUCGUCUUGGAUGAUGUUUGGGUUGAAGAGAGGCCAUAUUGGGAAGAGCUUAGGAGAUGUAUGCUAGCUGUAAACUCACAAAAUGGAAGUGGCAUUCUUGUCACUACACGGAAACUUGAAAUUAGAACUCAUGAUAUGAUCAUGGAUUCGUGUCAUCUAGAAGGUCUUUCCGAUGUCGAUUGUUGGUCGAUCUUUAGAGAAAGAGCGUUUGUGGCAGGAAUAUCACCGUCUCCAGAACUGGAGAAAAUUGGGCGUGAGAUUGUUAAAAAGUGUGGCGGUUUACCAUUGCUAUUAAAUGUAAUAGGUGGUAUGUUGACAAAUGACACGGAUCUAGAGAAGUGGUUGUCCAUCAAAACUAACGAUGUUUGGGAUCUAGAAGAAGGGAAUAAACUUCAAAGGAUCUUGGAACUGAGCUUUGAUAAUCUCCCAAAUUCUAUUAUCAAGCAAUGUUUUCUAUAUUGUUCCAUCUUUGUAAAAGAUACUGUAAUUGAAAGGGAUGAACUUGUCCGACUUUGGAUGGCUUUAGGGUUGGUUCAAGCCGAUGAGAAAAAAAACAAGGAGAUGGAGGAUGUGGGAAACGAUAUUUUUCAAAUUUUGUAUCACUUUCCGAACAUGAAAGCUUAUGCGUGGUGGGUGGGGCGUGGGGCAAACGAUAAGAUUCCUGGUGUCGAUCAGAUUAAGCAUCUCGCUUUUUACAAAAAGAAAAAAAAUGAGGACGAUGAAUUCAAUGCCAAGGUUUCUAUGUUCAUUAACACGGAUACAAUGGCUAGAACUUUGCAUACGUUGUUCCUCAUUGGAUUGAACGAGAAGAAAUUAUCAUUUCAACGAUUCAAGUGCAUGCGGAUACUAAAACUCGAACAUUAUAAAAUAGAGAAAUUAGACGAAUCAAUUGGAGGGUUGGUGCAUCUCAGGUAUCUUAAUUUGUCAUAUACGGAAAUCAAUGUUCUUCCUGAAUCUAUUGGUAAAUUAUACAACUUGCAAACUCUGAAUUUGUAUGAUUGUCGUCUCAAUGAGUUUCCUGAAGCCAUGAGAAAUUUGAUAAACUUGAGAUAUUUCAAGUGUGACAAAGACAUUCCAGCCAAUAUCGUGGGACGAUUGAUAUCUCUUCGAAAAUUGCCUUCCUUCACAGUUCUUGGAAAGGAGGGACACGGUAUUGAAGAGCUAGGCCAUUUGAAUAACCUUAGUGGAAAGCUUCGUAUUUUCGGUCUAGAGAAUGUUGGAAGCAAAGAGGAUUCUGUUAAGGCAAAUUUAUCUGGAAAAAAAAAAUUAUACGACAUUGAAUUCAAUUGGAGUAGCAAUGGCGGCAACAGAAAGGACAAGGAAGUAUUGGAAGGCUUGCAACCCCCUGGAGAUGUGAAAAUAUUAACAAUUAUGGAAUUUUAUGGUAAUAAUUUUCCGGAAUGGGUAAUGAAGAUGGCAAUCAAUAUUGAUGGGAAUGAGAUGCCCCUUGACAAGCUCGUGUCAAUCAGAUUAGAUGGAUGUAGAAGAUGCCUCUCUCUUCCGACACUUGAAAACCUACCACAUCUUCGGGAUCUUGUCUUGGAGAAUAUGAACAGGUUGAUAUGCUUAAGGAGUUCCGAUGUUACCGGAUCAACGAAGCCUUUGUCUCCAUCGUUGAGAUCGCUCCGACUAAUACGUAUGGGAAAACUGGAAAAGUGGAUAGAUGGAGAACCCAACAGCUCAAAAAUGAUAUCGCCUGUCCUCGAGAAGUUGGGAAUUUUUUAUUGCCCAAAUAUUAUUCACAUAGAAGAAUGCCAUCCCCAUCCUCUCGUCUCCUUGGAGAUAUGGGACUGCACUGGUCUUGAGUACAUUAAGAGCAUACAAGGCCUCACAUCUCUUGUAUCUUUAGAUAUUUCCUAUUGCGAGAGUCUUUUAGGAAUAACCAAUUUGCCCAAUCAGUGUCAUUCUAUGAAGAAUUUGAGAAUUACCGACUGCUACAAGCUGACUUCCUUGCCUCGGGAAAUGUUUGACUGUUUUGCCUUCUUAAAUAAGUUGGAACUUGGUCCGUUCUCAAAGGAGCUCAAUUCUUUCCCGAGUCUCCCAGCCAUCCAGAAGUUAAGGAACCACCUUCACUCAUUAGAACUGAUAGGUUGGGCUCAUUGGGAGUCAAUUCCAGAAGAAAUACAAUACCUCACCUCACUGACUUGGUUAUACAUAGUUGGAUUUGGAAUACAGGAACUGCCUAUGUGGUUAACCAGCAUGUCAUCUAUCCGCCAUUUGAUGUUCUGUGUUUGCAAGGGGCUAAAUAAAGAUUAG